AUGCCGUUUUUUCGAGAUUUAUUCCAAAAUUUAUUCGGUGGAAGCUUAACACAGGAUCACAACAAUCAGAGAUUUGAUGAUCGUCAACACUCUGGUAACGAAUUUCGAAAUCCUAUUUGGCAGAAUGAUGAGGAAGAUGGUGAUGACUAUGUUGAUGAAUACAGAGGAUUUAGCCAAGGUCCAAAUGGGUUUCACUUCCAAAUCUUUACAAAUCCUUUGGAAAUGUCAAGAUACUUUGAAUCGCAAAUUGAUAGUAUGAUGAGGGAUUUCUUCAACUUCAGUUUCAAUCAGGAUUUUACAGCUGGUGAAGCCAUUACUGGUAAGUAGUUUAAUUAUACUAAUUAUACUAAUUUAAUUAAGUACUCUGAGAGAAAAAAUUUAUUCUCAAUGAGAAAUUAAUUUGUUUAAAAUUUAAAACAAUUUUAUUUCUUUACUAAAGAAAUAAAAAUUCAAAUAGUUAUCAUGAAUUACUUACAAAAAAAUAAAUUAGCUGAUACAGUUAAAUUAUUCAAUACUUCUCCGUAACAUCUACAUAUUAUUAAAUGAAGCAUGACAUUCACAUACAACUUGAAACAAGUUGUUCAAAUUUUCA